GCCUGUCCGUGUCAGACUCUGAGUCCGAGGAGGAGGAGUGAACUUCUGUGUCAAGUCUAUCACACUGUGGACUGGUUUGACUUGUCACGGGGCCUUUCCGGCAAACAAUGUGUUUCAGUCACAGAAAAUAGUGAGUAGUUAUCUUUAAAAAACAGAAGGGGAAAGACUACGUUGAGCAACAUUGAAGCGUCGAUAAAAUUAAAACUACGUAGGAUGGGCGAACGCGCGGACACUGCGUUUAAUACCACUGGAUCAAAGUGGCUGCUGCCUGUCAGUGGAUACUUGGGCUUUCCUCUUGACCAGGUGAAUUUUUUGGCGUGUCAGCUGUUUGCCUUGUUUGCUGCCUUCUGGUUUCGUCUCUACCUCAGUCCCAGCCAUGCCAAUCCCCUGGUCAGGCACGCUGUGGCGACUCUGCUUGGCAUUGCCUUUCUCAUCUUCUGCUUUGGAUGGUACGCAGCUCACAUCCUGACAGUGGUGGUUGCAAGUUACUUGAUCAUCAUCAAAUCUGACAUCAGCAAUGUCCACAGGCAUUCCAUGGUGAUGGCUAUGGGCUACUUGACAGCGUGCCAAGUAAGCAGAGUCUUCAUCUUUAACUAUGGGAUAUUAUCCACCGACUUCUCUGGGCCUCUGAUGAUAGUAACCCAGAAGAUCACCACAAUGGCCUUUCAACUCCAUGAUGGUAUGUGUAAGAAACCUGAACAACUGACCCCGGAGCAGAGGCUUCUGGCUAUAAAUGUGAGGCCUUCUCUCAUCGAGUACCUGAGUUACAAUCUGAACUUCCUGAGUAUCUUGGUGGGACCGUGCAGUAACUAUACGGACUACAUAGACUUUAUAGAGGGCAGACACAUCAGCAAGAGGCUCAGGCAGCACUCUGGGACAUGUAAUGGACAGAAUGGUUAUGAUAAGACACCGGACCCAUCACCUAUGAACGCCGUCUGUCGAAAAUUGCUGGUCUGCUCCGGCUGUAUGCUGUUCUUCCUCACUGUGACUCGGUCGUUGCCGAUAACGUACAACGUGGACCCCCACUUUGUCAGCCAAGCACCUUUCCUCACAAGGCUCACCUACGCUUUCUUCUCCAUACAAGCUGCAAGGCCCAAAUUCUACUUUGCCUGGACACUAGCUGAUGCAGUAAACAACGCUGCCGGUUACGGUUUCUUGGGGAUGGAUGAAAAUGGAAAGCCAUCAUGGGACCUCAUCUGUAACCUCAACAUCUUGGGCAUUGAGACUGCAACUAGCUUCAAGACGUUUAUAGACAACUGGAAUAUUCGAACAGGAAUUUGGCUCAAAGCGGUGUGCUAUGACCGAGCACCCAAGCACAGAUUGGCGUUGACCUUCGUCCUGUCUGCCUUGUGGCACGGUGUUUACCCAGGGUACUACUUUACCUUCAUCACUGCCAUCCCCAUCACCAUGGCAGCACGAGCUGUACGGAAGUGUAUUCGUCACUACUUCUUGGGCCACACAGGCUUGAAGAUGGGUUACGACAUCAUAACGUGGGCAGCCACCCAGCUGGCCAUCUGCUACACUGUCAUGCCUUUUCUACUUCUUGCAGUAGAGCCCACAUUGGUUUAUUACAGAUCCAUGUACUUCCAUGUACACAUCAUUAGCAUUCUUGCUGCAAUCAUCCUGCAUCAGAAACACAAACCCAGGGAACCCUCUGCCACCUCUAAAACACUGAACUCCACCACCACCUCCUCCUUCUCGUCUCCGUGCUCAGCCCAGUGCCAGCCUGUUCACUCCAACAACAAUGACAAAGUAGACUGAAAACCCCCUCUUCGUGUUCUUUUAGCAGACUCUCAGUCCAAGGUGUUCUCUCAAAGACAACUGAAUAUUCCGAAAGCUCUCAAACAACUUCAAAUGGGAAAACAUGCUAUUUAUUUUUUGGGACAGAAUUAAAAAAAACCUUGAUGGUACAGUACUAUGCAGGAUUACAACCUAUGGCACUGGAUAUACACGGGGAACUCUUCUGCUAUGUUGUAAGAUUAAGACAAUAUAUCAAACAUAAGCUCAGCAGGCAGACUUGAAAGACAAACAUUAGUUGAGGGAAUGUCUAUGGUACCACCACCACCACCAGGACGCUGGUUUCCCUCCACUUUCUCCCCCAUCUGUCUCCAGUCUCCUCCACUGUUCCCCCUUUAAUACCCAUCUCAACACCAGCCUGCCUGCUCAAAAUCAACAAUGCAACAGUGUGAAGAAAGAAAAGAGGCUCACUUUCUGUCUUGUCCUCUAUCUGUGCUGUCCUGCCAAACGGUGGGAUGGAAGCCAGCACAGUGGGAGAGUAGCUCCUAAAGAGGGCAAAUACCAGGACCACACACACACACACACACACACACACACAUAUAUACAAACUCAUGCAUAACUAGACAAGACACUAGGAAACAAAUAUGCACAUAUUCUCUCUUCGACAUGCUGAUACUUAUGGCAUACAAAGGCUGCCCUUGUGCGGCCACAACAAAGAGCAUACCAAGAGGAGAGAGAGCCUUGGUUUGUGUGUGAGUGUGUGUGCGUGUGUGCACACAGUGUGAUCGUUCACCCUCUGUAUGACCCUGUGCGUGUGUGGAUUAUGUCAUGAAAAACUGUGGACUGUGUCGGUAUUCCUCCCACUGUCAGUUUGUGCUGGUUUGGUGGAAGGACAGUUGAAAUACAAAUUAGACUAUGCAGUUCACAAACUGUCCAGUGAAACCAUUACUAAUGAAGUCUUUUAAGGCAGGACGGCAGCUCCUCCUGGUGAGGAGACUUUACCAUCCUGAGGAACAAGUAAACACUUUAUUAUAGUUUCUAUGGAUAACCAUGGGCUUUAUCUAUACCCCUGUAAACAUAAAGAAAAAUCUAACAAAUAGUAGAAUAUAUUGAUUGAUAUAUUGAUCGUUUACAACAACAAGCUUCCGCUUAUGUUGUUUUGCACUGCAUGAUUGUAACAAUUGAUAAAAUGGUGCAAUAUGAGCACACUGAUGCUAAAAGUUGAAAGCAAAAAAUGGAUGAUUUUCCAAUAAUUUAAUGUAAAUUUAGUCAGACUUUUCCCAAGAAAUCUCUUUUUGUGCUGAAGCAGUAGUAGUUUUUAUGUAUUAGUAUUUACCAAGUGAACGGUGCUGGAUACCUGUUCAUCAUGGUAGAGUAAGUGAACAAAAAGCUGUGGUGAAACUGAGAGGAAAUACAUUUUAGGUUUCUCUUUUUGGGAGGAAACCAUUGCACAGUCAAAGAAUGGAAAAUAUGACCAAAAACAGAAAUUUAUGAAUCAAAUGUCUUCCUUCUCAGUAGUAGCACAGGGUGCUGUGUUCGUCCUGAUAGAACACAUUUAAAAAUGGUGGAUUCACCAGAACUUAUCAGCAGUGGAAAGUUGUUUUAACAGAGACAUCUGCUGGUUGUUUGUACCAUCUGAACUCUGCUGAAUGAAGUAAUGAAGGUGAUCCAGUUGGGACUGACUGAAACUGUCGCGCUGCAGCAUCUCCCAAUGCAACUUCAUGCACGCCACGAGCCGAAAGCAGAUUUUUCACAUUUUUACAAUUUCUCACAAAAAGAAGUCUCUUCACAGUUUCUUCACGGUUUCUUCUCAUCAUUAGCUUUUACUUUUGCACAAUCAAAGUUGUUGAAUCACAUGGUGAUGCAUGCCGUUAGAGUUGAGCUAAGCAUGGUGUGAACGAAAAGAUACAUUCGCAUUUUAAAAUGAUUGAUUAUUGUUCUGCUAUUUCUGGUUAUCAAGACACUAUCACUCAUGAGCAGUUUGGGAGCAUUGGGAGUUUUAAAAGUGGCACAGUAGCUUGGUUAUUAACGGUACUAUCGCUGCAGGUUCGCAUUUAUAGGUUGGUUAUAAUAAGGUUUGCUAACAUGGCUAACAAGGUGCAAUGCAAGAAUAUUUUUUUGGUAGUGUAACAAUAACAAUAAUGACUCUAAAAAUAUCAGGUUGCUCCUUUAAGUGCAUUACCAAAUUAAAAUGCAAAGUCUUUGGGUAUGGCAUGUUUAUUGGUUUAAUCAUAUUGGAGACACAAUCAUAUUUUUAUUUUUACCUGCUUCAGAAUUUAAUCUCAACUGAGUAAAAUUUGUAUUCUAGACUCAGUUUACAUAUCAAGUGAUCCCUGUAGUUUUUAAUAUGUAAAGCCUCAGAGUAAAUGCUGUUAUGACAAGAAAAAAAAAAUCAAAGAGCAUGUACACUUGUUUUUAAGUUUUUGUGUCACUUCUUAACUUUGCUGGCAAGGACCUAGUUCACAUACAAGUGUUGAUAAGAGGAGAGCGGGGCAUGCAUCAAAUUAACACUAGUUAUUAAUACUGCAGGGGAAUUAUUCAAGACUUUAAAGGAAACAAGAAGAGAGGGACAUGCACAUUAAAAUGUUCUCCCUUGGUUAAUUAGAACAAAUCUCUUUGUGACUAAAUAUUUAAACUUUUGGGUUAUUUUGGAGUGAAGAUGGCUUUUUAAUGUUUGUUGAUUAUUUGAAUUUUUAACUGCACAGUAGUACCUCUCUUGGAGUUAAUAAAGCGUCAGUAGUAACUGCGGUGGGGACCUGUAGACUGUAGCUUUUUUCUUUAAAGCCUGAAAUUAUAAACAUUUAUACCUGAUAAAAAUACUGGUGCUGAAUGCACAUGGAAAUGCCGUUUGUCCUCACAAUGGUUUCUGUCCAAGGCUGACUGCACUCUUCAAGAGGUGCUGAAAAGUGAAAACACUCUUCCCAAGUAUGGCUUUGUUAUAACAUAGAAUUGUUUUUGUGGGACAAAGCCCUUUAUUAACUGAAAUCUGUUUUUCUGUUUUAUCAGUAACAUGUUCAUGGCACUGUAUUUCUGCAUGUUGCUAAUGUUUUAGUGCAGGGAAGUGGCACAUAUAAAGUGUGAAUGUGUUGUUAGAAUGAGCAGCUAUGUGAAUGACUUAAUACUGAUUAUGAAGAUAUUUUUGUAUGUGUUUUUGCAGAUUUCUGUGUGUUUGAUGUUUUCUUAUUUCUCCAUUUUAGUAUUGUUUGUAUAGAUAACAAAUAAAGCUUCAGUGAAACAUU